AUGUCGGUUUCGAACAUGCGUGUUGUUUACAUUGCCAUGAUUGUGUUGGUAGCGGUCUGGGGCAUCGGACAAGGAACAUUUGCACUUGUUGCAUGCAUCCCUCUGGAAGGAUUUUGGAACCCUAGCGUUCAUGCAAAGUGUGUUCCAAAUGCCCACAUUGCCUGGUACAUCAGCGCGCUGUUCAACAUAGUCACCGACAUCAUUAUCAUGGUUCUUCCUCUCCCGGUCAUCCGCAAGCUGAAUCUUCCCGGUUCACAAAAAGCUUUCCUUAUUGGUAUUUUCAGCGUCGGCUUCUUGACUGUGGCAAUAUCCGCUAUGAGAAUCAAGUUCCUCACGCUUUUGCCAGAUCCAACAUGGUCCAACUUCGAACCUGUUCUUUGGUCUCUCGCAGAGCUGACAUCGGCCAUUACUUGCGCUUCUUUGGCUACCCUACGGCCUCUUCUCACGCGCUUGAGCAAAAAACGCGCGAGAACUAGCGAUACAGAGAGCGUGGCCCAAAUGGUCGCAACUGACAAGCUUGCGGACAAGUCUUUCCCACAGUUCGAUACGAUGGACCCAAAAGGCAACGUGAACACCUCAGUUACCGCGUCUGUACUCAGCAUCGGCAUGCGAGCCGUGGACGAGAAAACGACCCUGCCGUCGGACUCGGAGACAACGCGAGACAUUCGGCAACGUAUCCUGGAAGACCAGGCUGGUUCAAGCGCGACACAACGGCCGGCAACUAACCUUUCCAGUCUCUGGCGUCGUCAGACCACCUCGAAAAGACCCGGUGAUAUUGCGACUCAACCUUCGGUAUUCGAUGAUCCCCAACUAGCGGUGUACUUCCAGCCGUCAGACAAAUACGAGAACCGGCAUCGUUUCGAUGCAAACUUUCGCUGGACUUGGGCUGAGGAGAUACCACUGAUCAGGAAGAUUGACUGGCGUGUGACAGCUUGGUCUUGCCUUGCGUUUUUUGCACUCGAUCUAGACCGAUCCAACAUUAGCCAGGCCAACACGGACAAUUUUCUGGAAGAUCUAGGCUUGGACACGAAUGACUACAAUCUUGGUCAGACGGUGUUCCGAGUUUCCUUCUUGCUGGCUGAAUUGCCGAGUCAAUUGAUCAGUAAGAAGAUUGGACCCGAUCGUUGGAUCCCUGCACAAAUGAUCCUCUGGAGCAUCGUGAGCGCCUCCCAAUUUUGGCUCAACGGGCGGUCUUCGUUCCUGGCGACCCGUGCAAUCAUUGGGCUGCUCCAAGGCGGUUUCAUUCCCGAUGUCAUCUUAUACAUGUCCUACUUUUUCAAGAGCACUGAGCUGCCAUUCCGUUUGGCCUUGUUCUGGAUGGCGAAUCGUUUAACCGAUGUCAUUGCGCCGUUACUAGCGUACGGCCUUCUCCGUCUUCGAGGGUACCAUGGCUACGAGGGAUGGCGGUGGCUAUUCCUUCUCGAAGGCGUACUGACGUUAGUCAUUGGGAUCUGGUCCGUGUUUAUCAUGGUGCCGUCUCCCACACAGACAAAGGCGCUUUGGCGGCCCAACGGAUGGUUCACCGAGCAUGAAGAAAAGAUCAUGGUGAAUCGCAUCUUACGAGAUGACCCGUCCAAGAGCGACAUGCACAACCGCCAGGCCAUAACGUUGAAGAUGCUGUGGGAAUCGCUGUGUGACUACGACCUAUGGCCGAUCUACAUGAUCGGCCUUACGUUUUCUAUUCCCGCCGGACCACCUGAUCAAUACCUAACUCUAACUCUAAGACAAUUGGGCUUCGAUACCUUCGACACUAACCUACUUAGUAUCCCUUGCCAAGUUGCAACGACAAUCAAUAUGCUCAUCUUGACGUGGAUUUCAGAAAAGAUCAACCAGAGGGCAUUGCUUGGCAUUCUCGUCGAGCUAUGGCUGCUCCCCUGUGUUAUUGCCCUUGCAGUGAUCCCCUCCGGCGUCAGCAGAUGGGCCACAUAUGCGUUGGUAAUCGUACUAUUGUCUUAUCCCUCCCCCCAUCCCAUGCAAGUUGGCUGGGCGAGCCGCAACUCCAACACCGUCAGAACGAGAACGGUCUCGGCCGCGCUCUACAACAUGUCUGUUCAGCUUCAAUCCAUCAUCAGCGCCAACAUCUACCGACGAGACGAUCGUCCGGAGUACCGCCGUGGUAAUAGGGCGCUGGUCGGAGUCGCAAGCCUCAACGUGGUGAUCUACGCGGCUGCUAAGGUCUAUUAUGUCUGGAGGAACAGACAGCGAGACCGGAUCUGGGACGCCAUGUCACCGGAGGAGCGCCAACGAUACCUCGAUACCACCACAGACAAGGGCAGCAAGAGACUGGACUUUCGAUUCGCGAGUUGA